CUGACAACUCUUAUCUUAUCCAACACCUCAAAAAACUACUCCGUAUCGAAUCCAAUGGCCAUACCCCAAACCGUCACUGUGCUGGAGCAAAUUCCGGUCUCACCGCCGCCGGAAGCGACCGCGGAAAUGUCUAUUCCACUCACUUUUCUCGACGUAGUGUGGCUGACAUUGCCUCCAGUCCACCGCCUCAUUUUCUAUCCCCACCCCGUAUCAAGAACUGGCUUCCUAGAUUCUAUCAUUCCUAAGAUGAGAAACUCCUUAUCCCAAACCCUUCAACACUAUACUUCCCUAGCAGGAAGAGUUUUUACCUCACCCGACAACGCAAUCGUCCCCGAAAUUCGUUACACCGAGGGCGAUACGGUGCCGUUGAUCGUCGCGGAGUACAUUUCCGGUGAGACUACUGACUUUGAUCAUCUUGUUUCCGACCAAGCAAGAAGUUCCAUGGAUUAUCAACCCCUAAUUCCAAGACUACCCCCGACUUCCCGAGCACCGAACGGGUCGGUUGUCGUCCCCGUGUUUGCAUUACAAGUUACACUAUUUCCCGAUGUCGGGAUUUGCAUCGGUGUGACCAACCAUCAUAUAAUCGGCGAUGGCAGUAGCAUCUUUGGUUUUAUGAAGGCUUGGUCUCAUCUUUCUUUUAGUAGUCACGAAGAUAAUAAAAAAGACUGCACAUCAUCUCAAUGUGUACCAUUUUAUGGUAAAGUGGCGGUCAAAGAUGGUCAACGAUUGACGAGGCUUUAUUGGGACAUCCUGAAAAACAUUAGCAUUGAAGAGACACACAAUGUUUAUCGUCGUCCACUUAUCACUGACAAGGUCCGGUCCACAUUUGUAGUGACCCGAGACGAUAUUCAACGGCUUAAGAAUCGGGUCCUUGAGCUACGACCCGAUUUGGUACAUGUUUCGUCGUUUACCAUGAUUUGUUCACACGUAUGGAAUUGCCUAGUGAAAUCGAGAAUCCAAAUAGGCGAAAAUGAUGGCGAUGAAGAAAAAGAGAAUUUUCUGUGCCCGGCUGAUUGCCGGGCACGUUUGGACCCUCCCGUGCCAGGAAACUACUUUGGCAAUUGUGUCGUGCCCUGUAUAGGCGGCGCAAUGACAAAGGAGCUUAUAGGACAUGGAGGUUUCAUAAAGGCGGUUGAGGUCAUAGGAGAAAGCAUUCGUGGCCAAUUGUACAAUAAGGAAAAGGAUGGAGUUUUGAGAGGAGCUGAUUCGUGGCUAACGGUUAUCUACGGAUUCAAUUUCGGUCGAACCAUGAGCCUGGCUGGCUCGCCCAAGUUCGACUAUUAUGAGCUGGAUUUCGGUUGGGGGAAGCCUAAAAAGUUUGACAUUCCUUCUAUUGAUGUGACUGGGGCUAUUUCUCUUGGUGCAGCUAAGGAUCAUGAAGGUGGACUAGAGGUGGGUUUGGCAUUGCCUGUCGCACAAAUGGAUAUUUUUACCAAUAUAUUCAACGAGGGUUUGAAAGCUAUAUGAAGCUUCGAGCUAGCUUCCAUUCUCAUGGCAUUAUCGUACUUCUAUUUGCUUUCUUCCAUUCACAAUUUGUCAAUAGUUUCAUGUCAAUCAAUAAUUACAUACUUUGAUGCCAAUUAACAAUUUUAAUAAAUACUGUAAAUCAUACUUCACACAUUCCUAAAAUAGAAUUGUGUUGCAUACCUUCAAUCUGGAGGUCUCAGUGAGACCGGGG